GAGGUGGGGAUUUGGGGGUAAAACUGGACAGAAACUGGCGUGCUAGGCAAACGGGAGCCGCUGACUCGCUCUCUGCAGAGACUCGGGGACAGGGCCGGGCUCCGAAGGUGUGGGACCCCAGAAGGAGCUGCUGAAGGCGGGACCAAGGGCUACAGGGAGGUUUGCUGGAGUCCAGAUGGUGAAAGUGCGCUCUGGGGGUCGCCCCAGCUUGGCCCUCCCCCCGCCAUCUGGAGCACCCUUCGCCAGUGAGUCCCCUCCGAGUUCCCUUUCUAGGGCAAAAUAGCAAGGUGAAGCCGAAGUCACAACGUUUCACCGGCGAGGUUCUCUUCCCAGCAGCCUUUGGGAAGCAUCCCCCUGUUUCGGGAAUGUGGCAUUCGGGCCAAUCAUGUGGGUGAUGGAGCCCGUCUCAGGAUUAGGUUGCUAAAGGCCGAACUCCUAACAGCAGUCUCUGUGGCGGGUAGUCACUUGCCUCUUACUCGCUCACAGUGCUUGACUUCCUAAUUAAGUUUUCUGUUGUUCCUGCCUUCUAUCCAAAUAUGAAAGAUUCUGGAACCAGAUUGGUUAAUCCUGUUAUUUGAAGAAGGGAAGCUGGGAAAUAGGAGUAAUGAUCCCCACACCUAUAUAAGAAAGCAGUUUGCUAAGGUUACUUUGCAGCUUGCCUGGUCACUCCCGUGAUCUAACCCUGUAGGGAGGUAGAGUAGGGGAUGUUGCUCUAUUUCUCCGUGGGAGUUUGAGGCUCAAAGAGGUUUAUGCGACUUGGCAAAGCCAAAACUAGAACCUGGUCCCAGAUGCCUUUCCUGUUUGUUUCCUUCCACUCAUCGCAUCACCCCAGGAUCCCCACUCCCUUCACUGGGACUGCAUCCUCGCCGCCUGGGGUGUGCUAUGCUGUCUCCGGUCAGUCACUCCUAGCGAGCUCCCUGGGGCUGCUUGGGGAGCUCUGAGUGACCCACAGAAGUGAGAGCGCUUCGUAGGAACAAAGGAGGAAGGAACAAAAGUGGGCACCUGCUCUGUACAAAGGGCUGUGCUGGCGGGGUUCCUAUUCUCCAUUAUGGGAGGUGAGGGGCAGGAUCCCGGAUAUGUUCUUAGCAGACUGCCUCAGGGCCUGGAGAGACCAGGGACCACGCAGCCCUUCUCCAGCUUGUCCUUUCCCAACGGGCAGCAGUCAGGACCAGGGCAUUUGUCUGCCCUCAUGUUCUCUCUGUUUUAAGCAUUUGCAGGACCAGGGAUGCUGUGCUGCUGGGAACCAGUCCCCAAGUCUCUGCUGCAGCCCUUUCUGAACCUCUGACUGUCUGGAUGCUCCACUGUGCUCCUUGCCAAGGUGGGUCAUCACAGCCUGCUGAGUCUUUAAAGCUCCUCCGGCCCCCACCAAGGGAUGAAGUGCGUCUUGGUGGCCACUGAGGGUGCAGAGGUCCUCUUCUACUGGACAGAUGACGAGUUUGAAGAGAGUCUCCGGCUGAAGUUCGGGCAGUCAGAGAAUGAGGAAGAAGAGCUCCCUGCCCUGGAGGACCAGCUCAGCACCCUCCUAGCCCCGGUCAUCAUCUCCUCCAUGACGAUGCUGGAGAAGCUCUCAGACACCUACACCUGCUUCUCCACAGAAAACGGCAACUCCCUGUAUGUCCUUCACCUGUUUGGAGAAUGCCUGUUCAUUGCCAUCAAUGGCGACCACACUGAGAGCGAGGGCGACCUGCGGCGGAAGCUAUACGUGCUCAAGUACCUGUUCGAAGUGCACUUCGGGCUGGUGACUGUGGACGGUCAGCUUAUCCGAAAGGAGCUGCGGCCCCCAGACCUGGGGCAGCGUGUCCAGCUGUGGGAGCACUUCCAGAGCCUGCUGUGGACCUACAGCCGCCUGCGGGAGCAGGAGCAGUGCUUCGCCGUUGAGGCCCUGGAGCGGCUGAUUCACCCCCAGCUCUGUGAGCUGUGCAUAGAGGCACUGGAGCGGCACGUCAUCCAGGCUGUCAACACCAGCUCAGAGCGGGGCGGCGAGGAGGCCCUGCAUGCCUUCCUGCUCGUGCAUUCCAAGCUGCUGGCAUUCUACUCUAGCCACAGUGCCAGCUCCCUGCGCCCGGCCGACCUGCUCGUCCUCAUCCUCCUGGUUCAGGACCUCUACCCCAGCGAGAACACAGUGGAGGAUGACACUCAGCCUUCCCCACGGAGGGCCCGGAGCAGCCAGAACAUCCCCGUGCAGCAGGCGUGGAGCCCUCACUCCACAGGCCCAACCAGGGGGAGCUCUGCAGAGACGGAGACAGACAGCUUCUCCCUCCCUGAGGAGUACUUCACACCAGCUCCUUCCCCUGGUGAUCAGAGCUCAGGUAGCACCAUCUGGCUGGAGGGGGGCACCCCACCCAUGGAAGCCCUUCAGAUAGCGGAGGACACCCUCCAAACGCUGGUUCCCCACUGCCCUGCGCCUUCCAGCCCCAGAAGGAUCUUCCUGGAUGCCAACGUGAAGGAAAGCUACUGCCCCCUAGUGCCCCACACCAUGUACUGCCUGCCCCUGUGGCCGGGCAUCAACCUGGUGCUCCUGACCAGGAGCCCCAGCGCGCCUCUGGCCCUGGUCCUGUCCCAGCUGAUGGAUGGCUUCGCCAUGCUGGAGAAGAAGCUGAAGGAAGGGCCGGAGGCUGGGGCCUCCCUGCGCUCCCAGCCCCUUGUGGGAGACCUGCGCCAGAGGAUGGACAAGUUUGUCAAGAAUCGAGGGGCACAGGAGAUUCAGAGCACCUGGCUGGAGUUUAAGGCCAAGGCUUUCUCCAAAAGUGAGCCCGGAUCCUCCUCCGAGCUGCUCCAGGCAUGUGGGAAGCUGAAGCGGCAGCUCUGCGCCAUCUACCGGCUGAACUUCCUGACCACAGCCCCCAACAGGGGAGGCCCACACCUGCCUCAGCACCUGCAGGACCAAGUGCAGAGGCUCAUGCGGGAGAAGCUGACGGACUGGAAGGACUUCUUGCUGGUGAAGAGCAGGAGGAACAUCACCAUGGUGUCCUACCUAGAAGACUUCCCAGGCUUGGUGCACUUCAUCUACGUGGACCGCACAACCGGGCAGAUGGUGGCGCCUUCCCUCAACUGCAGUGAAAAGACCUCGUCCGAGUUAGGCAAGGGGCCGCUGGCUGCCUUUGUCAAAACCAAGGUCUGGUCUCUGAUCCAGCUGGCGCGCAGAUACCUGCAGAAGGGCUACACCACACUGCUGUUCCAGGAGGGCGAUUUCUACUGCUCCUACUUCCUGUGGUUCGAGAAUGACAUGGGGUACAAACUCCAGAUGAUCGAGGUGCCCGUCCUCUCCGAUGACUCGGUGCCUAUUGGCAUGCUGGGAGGAGACUACUACAGGAAGCUCCUGCGCUACUACAGCAAGAACCGCCCGGCCGAGGCUGUCAGGUGCUACGAGCUGCUGGCCCUGCACCUGUCUGUCAUCCCCACUGACCUGCUGGUGCAGCAGGCCGGCCAGCUGGCCCGGCGCCUCUGGGAGGCCUCCCGUAUCCCCCUGCUCUAGGCCAAGGUGGCUGCAGUCUGCUUUUGCACCCCGUCCUCCAGCUGCUCUUGCUUGCCACUGUUCCCCAUGGCAAGAGCCUGCUGUCUGCAGUGGCCGUCCUGAGGAUGGGGCAGAAUGCCCAGGGUGGCCCCAGGGUUUCUAAAACCCCACCUAGACCACCCUCCAUGUGGGGUAUGUGCAAGGCCCCAGAUCCUUCUCUCUGGAGGAAGAGGGAAGCCCAGGGGUCCAGUUUGUCUUCGUAAAACAAAAGUGGCAGCAGCUCCUCUUCCAGAGCUGCCUCUGCCUUAUCCUGGGAGAUGGGGAGGGAGCCCACCCGGCAAGCUCUCUCCUACCCCAGGUAAAAGGUGCUCCUUUGCCUGGGUCUGAAUUCCAGCCCUGCCACUUCCUGUCUGCAUCUCCCGGAAAGUUUCUUCUAUUCCUCACAUUUAAAGCGAUGGCACCUCCCUCCCAGGGUGGUGUGAGGGUUACCCAAUGCGGUAGGUGCUCAAUAAAUGUUGGUCAUUGUUAUCACUGAA